CAUCCGACUCUCCGUUCGAGGUCAACAUCGUCACCUGAGAGAAGCCGUGCGAUUCUCCAGCACAAAGCCAUGGCCGGAAUCCCGCGCUCGACCUACUACGACAGCCGCUACCGCCAAUCGCCCGCCCUCAUCCGGGCGAGGCGCCCCUACCUGGUCAAGAACUCUGUCGUCGGCCUCAGCAUAGCCGCUGUUGCCAUCGGGAUUUAUGCCUACACAAUACACGCCAUUGGCCAGGACGAGUUCGAGGAUGUCAAGGUGCCCGAUGCGCCGGUGAGGUCUGCCUCUCGUCACGACGGUGCAAAAAAGUGGUAGAUGGGACCUAGGUUACGGGGUGACAUUGUCAAUCAGUCUAUGAACCGUGUAUAAGGGAAACGGCUAGAGCAUCAGUUGUACAGUACAAUCACACCAAUACGGAGUUCGGGGGUCAUAAUUCGGUUCAAGAGCAAUGCUUUGUUUUCGCAUGCGCUCGCAUCAGUGUCUCACGGCAUGGAAUACUGGCUCGACCAUGGGGGCUGGCCGAUCGAUACCUAGGGAUUACUUACGGCGCAUGUCAUACACUACUUUUAGCUGUUUGAACAGAGGUUACGGCAUGCCGGAGAACAAGCU